AUGGGUCGAAAAAAAUCUUAUAAUAUUAAAUCUCAUCAUAUAGAUGAUUACGAUGAUGUUCAUAUGGCUAGUAAGAUGCAAACAAAUCUUAUCAAGAAUGAACCAACUCAAGCAUCAUCUUCGAAUGUUAAAAUAACAGAAUAUUUAGAAAAGGAAGAUAAAAAAAUCGAAACGGAUAAGAAGAAUAUCGCAGAACUAGUUGGCUUUGCAAGUCUAUUUCGUUUCGCUAAUAAAAUUGAUAUCAUUUUGAUUUUAAUUGGUACACUUGCUGGUAAAUAUUCUAUUCGUAUCAUUUUAUUUUCUUCAUCUAUCGCUGAUACAAAUAUUUAUUUAGCUCUGGCUCAUGGUGCUGCGUUUCCACUGAAUAAUAUCAUUGUCAUUUCUCUAUGUUCAAAAGACGCAGAUACUGAUUUUAAUAUAUAUUUAGUGUUACUUGUCUUCGGCAAUUUAGUUGAUGUAUUUAAUAAUCGAUCGUUUGAUCUAUGUCAAGCAAACUUUACGCUACUUAAUUCUUUUUGUCCAGAGAAUGUUCACCUAACAAAUCAAAAUUUUCGUAACGAAUACCAAAAAUGUACAUUUCCACAAGAGAAUUCUACACUAUUAAGCGAUGAUUUUAUGUCAAAAGUUGGCAAACAAUCGAUGUGGCUUGUUAUUAUGGGAUGUGCAAUAAUCGUAGUAGGAUAUUUUCAAGUCGCCCUUUGGUCAAUUGCAUGCGAACGUCAAACACGUCGCCUUCGUGAAAUACUUUUUCGAUCAAUACUUAGUAAAGAAAUGGCCUAUUUUGAUACAAACAAAUCGGGUCAGCUUAGUACAAGAUUGGCAGAUGAUGUCAAUAAAGUACAUGAUGGCAUUGGUGAUAAAGUCGGUUCAGCAUUACAAUUUUUUGCUUCUUUUAUUGUUGGUCUCAUACUUGGCUUUGUUAAAGGAUGGAAAUUAACACUAGUUCUACUUUCUGUCAGUCCAAUACUGGUUGUUAGUGCAGCUAUUUUUACACGAAUCACAGCAACAAUGACAUCACAAGAAUUGAAAGCAUAUGCGAAAGCCGGUGCGAUUGCUGAAGAAGUUUUUAGUAGUAUACGAACAGUUUUUUCAUUCAAUGGAGGAGCUUAUGAAUCAAAAAGAUAUGAAAAACAUUUACGAUCAGCAAAGAUCAGUGGUAUUCGUAAAGGUGGAUUAAAUGGAAUUUUAAUGGGUAUUGUGUGGAGUAUGAUCUUUUGUACUUAUGCUCUGGGUUUUUGGUAUGGAGCUAAGCUAGUUCGUGAAGACAAUUUUUCAGUUGGUGGAAUUCUUAUUGUAUUUUUUUCAAUGAUCACAGCAAUGUUUGGCCUUGGUCAAGCAGCACCUCAUCUUCAAUCAGUAGCUCAAGCACGUGGUGCAGCUUAUAUAUUAUGGAAAAUAAUUGAUACGCCAUCGAAAAUUUCUUGUGAUAGUAAGAAGCAAAUUCAAAGCGAUGAUAUAAUGGGUGAUAUAAAAUUUUCUAAUGUUCAUUUUUCUUAUCCUUCUCGACCCGACGUUUCCGUUCUUAAUGGACUUUCAUUUAUGGCUCAACGUGGCGAGACAACUGCACUUGUUGGCUCUUCCGGUUGUGGAAAAGUAACCAUUUUAAAUUAA